UGUCAAACGAAACUUAGAUGACUGUUUUGUCAAUGAAUUCAGACUGAGAUACAGCUUCUUCCUUUUUCUUUUACUUUAAAAAAUAAUAAUAAUAAUCCACCCAAUUUUUGACACAUUUCUUCUUCAUUUUAGGAGAUGUUGAGUUCGCCCAAAAAAAACCAUCCCCUAGCAAGUAAAGGCAAUCAAGUGAUCAACUUCAUAAAACCCUUCUUAUUGGAUCGCUCAGACACUCGAUCAAACCCAAGUUAGCCACACCCCCCCCCCACCCCCCCAAUGGGUGCCUGCUUGUCAAUUCCAAAUCCAAAACCACGUAAAACAGGAACCGAUUUCGGUGUUGGAGGAGCACCAGCCGCCAUCAAACGGCAUCCAACAGCCAAGGUGGUCCACAUGGACGGUCGGAUACAAGAGUUCAAGCCCCCGAUACAAGCAAAGCACGUCACUUCCCAGAACCCCGGCGACCACUUCCUCUGCAGUUCCGAGUCCAUGUCCAUCGGCACCUCCGUCCCGGCCGUUCCCGACGAUGAGGAACUCCAACCUGACCAGAUAUACUUCCUCCUCCCACUCUCUCACUCCAACAAGGCCCUCUCCCUGCCAGAACUCUGCGCCCUCGCCGUAAAAGCCAGCUCCGGCCUCAGCCAAGGUUCUAUCAGCAAUUCCAGGUUCAUUCUCCGGUGAUCGGCCCUUUUAUAGAAUAUAUUAGUAUAUUGUCUGAUUAACCUUUUUUUAUUAUAGAUUGUACUUUACAUCAAGUCAAUGGUGUUACUUAUCCGAGGAAUUAGCUGCCCUUGUAAGUUGGAAAAUUAGUACUCUUUUGUUAUCGCAAUGUCUGAAUUAGUACAACUGAGGUAGGCGUCAAUCACUUUUA